CCAUUUGAGGCGUUAUGUGGAAUUGCUUUAGUUCUCCAUCUAGGCCAUGUCCGGCUGCAUACCCCAUCACCGGCUGCAGCUGUGCACGAUCUUUGCCCUGUGUUUUGUCGUCUGCCAAUUUGUGCUUCUGCUGAUUCUGCUGCAGAGGGAAACCUUCAAGGGCAGACUGCUGCUUUAUAGGGAUCAUGCCAAAGAGGGACGUAUGUUGGGAUGGCGAGAGUUCAUUUCGCACACACCCGAACAAUCGACAGCGUUUUACCAGUACAAUAUUCAGCUAAGUGAUACAGUGGGUGCGAUACGAAGCCUGCCAAGAACUCGUCACGAAAGCUGCGAUUCCCUGCGCACCUACAACCUGCCACACUCCUCUAGGGCCAAGGUGAGUGUUGUCAUCUGCUUUCACAACGAGGCCCGUUCCAUGCUUCUGAGAACGAUCAUAUCCCUAGUUAGCCGUACGCCAGAGGACUAUCUGCACGAGCUAAUCAUCAUAGACGAUGCCAGUCGGGAUGUUUCCCUGAUUGAGGACCUGAAGGAGCUGAUGGUCAAAAUGUAUGCUACCCGGAGUCGCCUGACGCUGUGUUUCAUGCGCAAUCAUGAGCGCCAGGGCCUGAUUUGGUCACGCAACAUGGGAGCCGAGGCGGCCACUGGCCAUUACCUCCUCUUUCUGGACAGUCAUUGCGAGGUCAAUGAGGCCUGGCUGGAGCCCCUGCUGGAUCGACUGGCGAUGAACGCGACGCUGGCGGUCAGUCCGCUGCUGGACCACAUUGACCCCACAACCUUGAAGUACAGCAAGGGCAACGAGCUGCUGAAGGGUGGCUUCGACUGGAGCCUGCACUUCCACUGGCUGAAGCGCGAACUGUCGGCGAAGGAGGCGCCCGAGCAGCCCUACCCAAGUCCAGCCUUUUCGGGUGGCAUUCUGAUGAUCUCACGCGAUUGGUUCCUUAAGCUUCGGUGCUUCAACUCCCACUUGAAGAUCUGGGGCGGUGAAUCCAUCGAGCUAGCCAUUAAAUUGUGGCUUUGCGGUGGACAAAUUGAGAUCGUGCCCUGCAGUCGAAUCGGACACAUCUUUCGCCCUCGACAUGCCUUCGACUUUCCGCCACAGUUUGACCACGAGUCGAGCACCGCCCAGGCCACCUAUCUACACAACUCAAAAAUCAUAGCCGAGUCUUGGCUGGACGAGUAUAAAAAUAUGUUCUACGUACUCAAGCCGGCGGCCAGGCAGAUUCCAUUGUUUAACACCGUGCAGGACGUGGACCUCAACCGACAGAUGAAGCUGGAGCUACGCUGUCAACGCUUCGAGUGGUAUCUGCGGCAUGUGAGUCCCGAACUAAAGGCGCACUUUAACGAGCUCUCGGCAAUGGGCACUCUGAAGAAUGGUUAUCGCUGCCUGCAUACCAGACGCACGGACAGUUUGUCCAAGUGGGAAGUGAUCCUGGACAGCUGCUACCACAGCGACAUCACUGAGUGGAGACUGCUCCGCGAAAGCGGACAACUCAGCACUGCAACCGAACGUUGCCUCGGAGUGGAGAAGAACUCAAAGCCCCCUCUGCUCACCAUGAAACCCUGCAGCAAGCAUUCAACUAAGAUGAAGGCACAACGCUGGCUGCGACGGGGCACACAGCUGGUGCAUAACGAGACACAUCUCUGCCUGGAUAAUCCGCUCAAGAAUCAAUUGGUGCUGAGCCCUUGCCGAUCCCUUUCAGCAUCGCAGUCAUUUCAAUUUGCAUUGGAAAUGGAUAAGCAAACAUAAACGUG